CUUGACAUGCGUAUCAUAUUCAUUUCCAUUUAGUUUAUUCCUUUACAGUGGGCAUUCCUGAUCUAUAUAUUCAACCCUCUACCACCAUUCAAAACCUCCUCUUCCUUAUCUUUCUUCCUACCAUAAACAUUUGGUCUCUCUAACUAGCUCUCUCUCUCUCUCUCUCUCUCUCUCUUCCACUGGUUCUGAAAACCUUUGUGUUCUUAUAGCUUUGAUUGUUGUGUUUCCUCAUACACCAAUAGAGCUCUCUUAGUUUGGUCCUAGCUAGCUUCUGUAAUGCUUAAUAUAUACAUAUACAGCUCUUCAUGUUUGAGCUAGAUGUCUCCAGUGCUCAGUGAAAUUCUCCUCUCUGGGUUUAUGAUAAACUCCACACUCAGACGAAGGACCCAUUUAGUUCAAUCAUUCUCUGUUGUCUUCCUCUACUGGUUCUACGUUUUUUCAUGAAUACCUGCCCCUAAAACCAAACCCUUCAUAUAUAAACUAGCUUUGCACCACAUUUUAUAGAUUACCCUAUUUCUUAUUCAAGUUGUUUUCACCCUUUUUUUUUCUUUUUAACAUAAAUUAGCAUCUGCAAUUCUGCAUGGCUACUUCUAGUGGAAACUCAUCAGGCUCCAGCGCGCUUCAGAUUAUGAACUCCGGCUCCGAUCAAGAGGGUCUUCAUCAGGUCAUGGACCUGAGGAAGAGGAAGAGAAUGGUGUCCAAUAGAGAAUCGGCGCGCCGGUCUCGGAUGCGAAAGCAGGAGCACCUGACUGAUCUGACGGCCCAAGUUGGUCUGUUGAGGAAAGAGAACAACCAAAUCCUUACGAGCAUCAAUGUCACAAACCAGCUCUACCUGAACCUUGAGGCUGAGAACUGUGUGCUCAGAGCCCAGGUGGCUGAGCUCACCAACAGGUUGCAGAGUCUGAAUGAUAUUGUGGACUGUAUUGACUCGACCAAAUGGCUGUUGGACAAUGAAGAAGAAGAAGACAUGACUGCACAGUUUGGUGGUGAUGAGUUUCUUAAUCCAUGGAGUAAUCUCUGCUUCAAUCAACCAGUUGACAUGUUCAUGUGCUAAUUAAUCGGGUUAAUUUGUGUGGUUAAUAAUUUUUUUUUUGUUUGAAGUUAAAUCAAUGAAAGGUACUUGUUACUUGGAAGAACUCUGUGGCCUGUGUAAGUUUAUUUCUAUUAUAUGAGCCUAGGGUUUUGGAUUUGUAAUCAAUCUUUUAUGUGUCUGUUGCAAUCAAUGGAAAUGAACUUGUAAACAAGUGGGAAACUCUUU